AUGAACAUUUCAUUGUUGGAGCAUUUACCAACCUCUGCAGAACUACCACCAGACCAUGAACCAAACCCCAAUUAUACAAAACUCGCCAAUGAACAUUAUAAACGGGCAGCUCGAGUUGCUUUUAUUAGUCAUAAAAACCCAUCGUUUUCCACUUCGCAUCAGCUUGAAACCUCGUCAUUUCCUGGACCUAAACCUGGACCUGAAUCUGAACCUGUACACACACACCCUCAUCGCUCUAUUGUCUCGAUGGUUUUGGGUGGUGGGGAUGAUGCGACUCAUACCAAAACACAUCUAGAAAAAGAAAUACAUGCUCGAUACCAUCGCGCACAAAACAUUGCCAAACAAAAUACUCAAUCCUGUUUAAACCAAGACAAUAAAGUGCAAGAUAAAACAAACCUACGCGGAUGGAAAAGCUACCAUGAUGUAUCAACUCAAGGAAAACACACCAAGGGAUUUAGAGUGACUGCUGCUGCGUUGGGUAUUGGUAUUACACCUAAUGGUGAGCAUGCAGGUGAGGGUACAGAUAUAAAGCAACAGUUGAGCACAAAAUGGGAUAGAGCAGCCGCAUCAAAAAAAAACUACGAUCAAGCUACUACGUCUACUGAAUCCAUGCCAUCUUCACCUCAUUGUCAUGCAUCUAUCCUUCAAAAACUAUUUGCUGAUAGAGCGCCGUCGCGGUAUUCUCGGAGUAUUAUGGCUGCAGCAUUGGGAACCUCUGGUCAACAGACUGAUCGCUCUGCUUACAAAAAGGUAAAUUCAAGAUGGAGGCGGGCCAAGGGCAUAUCCGAGACACAAAUGUAUAUCACAUCUGCAGCUGAAAAUGAUCAAAAAGCCACUAGUGUAUCUGCCACAUCAUUGUCAGGAAAUCAAGACCAUUGGGAUCAAUACAGUUCUACUGUUCAGGAUGGAAAAGCAUUUGGCAGUGGUAGCAGUGAGAAUGAAGGGAUUAUUUCAAAGAUCAAGAAAAGCAUAUCUUUUUCGGCCGAAACUUCCGGCAAAGCACAGUCAUCAGCUACAACGCAUGCUCAAGACAAAAAUAAUGACCGUUCGCAUCAUACGAGUACCGAAGAUAUGCCGAUCGAAUCUGACCCUUCAAAGCAAGCCCCUGUUUUUUGCAGCAAAACAGCGGCAAAGCGACAGGUGCGUAGAGAAAUUACCAAAAGCUUAUUAUAG